AGGAGGGUGCAAGAGCUGGAAGCGGAGGUGAAGCGCCUACAGGAGAAGCUCCAGGAGGACAAGAGGAGCACUGGGAGCACAGAGGCUCCUCCAGCCCCCGGGAAGGGCAGGAAACGCCAACAACGGCCCUUUGACUUCAGCGCCUAUGGUCGCAGACACGUGGCACUGCGCAUCGCCUACCUGGGCUGGGACUACCAGGGCUUUGCCAGCCAGGAGAACACUCCCAACACCAUUGAGGAGAAGCUAUUUGAAGCCCUGAAGAAGACACGUCUGGUGGAUGACAGACAGACCUCCAACUAUCACCGCUGUGGGCGCACGGACAAGGGCGUCAGUGCCUUUGGGCAGGUGAUUUCCCUCGACCUCCGCUCGAGCCUGCCAGAGGGGAAGCAGCUCAAUGGCCAUGUGGGCGAGGGGGAGCAGGAGGAGCUGCGCUACACCCACAUCCUGAAUAGGGUGCUGCCCCCUGACAUCCGUGUGCUGGCCUGGGCCCCCGUGGAGCCUGACUUCAGCGCUCGCUUCAGCUGCCUCCGCAGGACCUACCGGUACUUCUUCCCCUGCGCCCGCCUGGACGUGGCCCUCAUGCACGCCGCGGCCCAGAGGUACGUGGGCACCCACGACUUCCGCAACCUCUGCAAGAUGGACGUGGCCAACGGGGUGGUCAACUUCCAGAGGACCAUCCUCAGCGCCGCGGACGUGGGUGGAGAGCGGAGGAGGAUCGGGCCGGGGGAUCCCUUCCGGCUGUGCCAGUUCGAGGUGACGGGACAGGCGUUCCUGUACCACCAGGUUCGCUGCAUGAUGGCCAUCCUCUUCCUUAUUGGCCAGGGCAUGGAGAGUCCUGACAUCAUCGAUGAGCUGCUGGAUGUGGAGAAGAACCCCAGGAAGCCGCAGUAUAGCAUGGCUGUGGAGUUCCCCCUUGUCCUGUACGACUGUGAGUUCCCAAACCUGCAGUGGCUCUACGACAGAGAGGUGCAGGCCUUCAACGUGACACACCUGCAGCAGCUCUGGGCCAGCCAUGCUGUCAAGACACAAGUGCUGCGGGGCAUGCUGGCAGGGCUGGACACUGCUCCUGUGGCUGCUGGCAAAG